AUGUCCAAUCCACCUCUAUCUAGAACCUGGCCUGAGAUUCGACAGGCCCUCGAGCACGCCAGAGAGUGUGAAGAUGGUCUUGUGAACGCCCAGACCGCCGCCGUGUUAGAGGUCGCCAUCACCGAGCUCUGGAAUCGUAUCCAGGCCCAACCUGAUACCUACGUCCUCAGUCCGGACGAGUUCGCCCUCUUUAAUUAUUUCCUCACAACACGCUAUCGGGGCUCCCCCGUCGCUCAACAAGCAGUGGCUCGCUUCUGGAACAAUUAUCAACAAACCGGCGGUUGUGACGGUGUCGCCAACUAA